ACUCCCAAGUAUUCCACAACUCUAGGGUUUCGAUUGAAAGCAGAAGUCGGUGAAUUCAAGGGCGAUUUUAGGGUUUCGAUCGUCAUCUGUUUCCUGAUUACUACCUUCUUUCUGUUCCUAACACUUGGUCUGUUCUCUUGGUUUGUACAACAUGAUGAUGGGGGAGAGACUCUCCUCCAGGAGAAGGGAUUUUUCUUGUUUUGGGUCGGUGAGCGGGAGUCACCGUGAUCUUUCUUCUUCUGGUUGUCGUAACUACCGGAGGGAUUUUUACCGGGACGAAACCAAACGGCGUUUUGAUUCGAGGGCCAGAGAGAUUAGCGGCCGUGGAGGGUUUUGUUCUGAGUCGAAGAGGGCUCGAUUCGAUGGAGGAGUAAUGCCUGAGAGAGGGUCCGAUCAUGAGUCCAAGAGGGCGCGGGUUUCCCAAGUGGAUGAAAAGUUGCUUCCUUUGAAGAGGAGAAUGGGGUUUAGGUCCUCUAAUUUUCCCUCUGUGGCGGCAGAAUCGACAAUGAAAAAGCUCGAUAUAGAAUUCGAUUUGAUGGGUCUGCUGAAGAUAGAGCCACUGCCUUUGCUUUUGUUGCCGCAGGUAUCAGAGGUUGAAGAGGGAGAGAUCGUUGAGGAAUCAUCAAAGUUACCGCCUUUAGUUGUUCUGGAAGAGAGAGAGAUCGUUAAGGAAUCGUCAAAGUUGCCGCCUUCAGUUGUUCUGGAGGGGGGAGAGAUUGUGAAAUCUGAGGCAUUAAUUCGGAAAAAGAAGCCAAUAUCUGAGAAUGAAGUUAUCGUUUCUAAUGAUCAGAAGCGUAAAGCUGCCAUCCCUAGAAGAAGCAGAGACCCUCUUCAGAGCUGCAGAAGCCUGUCUGAAUAUGAAUUAGUGCGCAAAAUCAAUGAAGGCGCGUAUGGUGUUGUUUAUAAAGCCAUUGAGAAGAAGACUGGGCAAGUUAUGGCACUGAAGCAGAUGAAGCAUAGAAAGGGAGAGAGCAGAUUGCCUCCAGCGGCUUUGAGGGAGAUCGAAAUCUUAUUCUCCAUACAGCACCCUUCAGUUUUGGAUGUGAAGGAAGUUGUAAAGGGUGAGGCUGAUGAUUUCUUUAUGGCUAUGGAAUUCAUGGACCAGGACGUCCAUCAAUUCAUCAACUCAAGGAAGCAGGGUUUAAGCACUGCAGAGGUGAAGGGUUUGAUGCUGCAGCUGUUGGAGGGCGUUUCAUAUCUUCAUCAAAAUAAGAUUCUUCACAGGGACCUGAAGACCUCAAACUUGUUGCUGAACAAAGAAGGAAAGCUUAAAAUUUGUGACUUUGGGUUGUCUUGUAGAGAAAGGAAUGACGGGAAGCCACAGACAUCCUGGGUGGUGACAUUGUGGUACCGGGCACCUGAGCUUCUCCUGGGGACAGAACACUACUCCAAAGAGAUUGACAUGUGGUCGGUUGGAUGUAUUAUGGCAGAGUUGCUAAAGAAGGAACCGCUUUUCAAAGGGAAAUCAGAAAUGGAUCAAUUGAAUUCAAUGGUGAGUGUGCUUGGGACCCCUACAGUGAAGAACUGGCCUGGCUUGUCCAACUUGCCAGGGGUCAGCAAGGUUAAUUUUGCGAAGCAGCCUGAGAAUAAGUUAAGGCAAAAGUUUCCAGUUCUAUCUAAUUUAGGGGUGGAUUUACUUCAGAAGCUUUUUACAUAUGACCCCAAGAGGAGGAUCACAGCAAAAUCUGCAUUAAGCCAUGGCUGGUUUAGGGAGUUCCCUCUCCCCAGACCCUUGCAUGUUUGAGUAAUAUAGGUUAUUGGUGUAGGUUGAAGAGCUUUGAUGUAAACUUUUUAACCAUUUUUGUGAAUACUUUGUAAUUCUUUGAUUCAUCAUUCAUGAAUGAAUUAAAUGAUGCCUGUUCUUUUGUUUGAAAUUUAAGCAAUUAAAAUGUUGAUACACAUUGAAGAUUACUGGAGUAGUUCUCUUUUUGUUUAAGAAACUAGGCUGUUUUAA